AUGAAGUGGUUGAUCCUUUUCUUGGUUUGUCUCCACCUGUCAGAGGGACUGGAGAGAGUCGUUCUGAAGAAAGGGAAAUCCAUUCGAGAGAACAUGAAAGAGAAAGGUGUGCUGGAGGAAUUUUUGAAGAACAACCGUGUUGAUCCUGCAUUGAAAUACCACUUUAAUGAAUACAAUGUAGCUUAUGAACCAAUUAGCAAUAACUUAAAUGUCCAGAACAUUGUUGUACGCAACCAGGAAAUUGGCCUCAGUCAGAAUGAACCUUCCAGUCCUUUCUAUUAUGCCAGUUUUGAUGGUAUUUUGGGGAUGUCUUAUCCUUCUGCAGCUGUAGGCCAUGUAGGGGGUUACACUAUUAUGCAGCAGAUGCUGAGGCAAGGCCAGCUCUCUGAACCCAUCUUCAGCUUCUAUUUCUCUCGACAACCAACUGCUCAGUAUGGAGGAGAAUUGAUCUUGGGAGGUAUUGACACCCAGAUGUUCUCUGGGGAAAUUACCUGGGCGCCUGUCACCCGUGAGGCUUACUGGCAAAUUGGAAUUGAGGAAUUUCUAAUUGGCAACCAGGCUACUGGCUUGUGUAGCCAAGGCUGUCAGGCAGUUGUGGAUACUGGGACGUAUCUGCUGGCAGUGCCACAACAGUACAUGAGUACUUUCCUACAAGCUGUGGGAGGCCAAGAAUAUAAUGGUGAGUAUGAGGUGAACUGCAACAAUGUCCAGAACAUGCCCACCUUCACCUUUAUUAUUAAUGGAUCCCAGUUCCCACUACCACCUUCUGCCUACAUUGCCAAUAACAAUGGCUAUUGUACAGUUCAGAUUGAGGCCACAUACUUGCCUUCCCCAACUGGAGAGCCAUUAUGGAUCUUUGGUGACGUCUUCCUCAAGGAGUAUUAUUCCGUCUACGAUAUGGCCAACAACAGGGUGGGCUUUGCACCAUCAGCUUAAAAGGAAAAAGAAGAGAGCUGCAUACAUGCCUAGACUAAUAAUUCUGCUACCUUCUUGGACACUUACAAGAUUGAUUCUAAAUUAUUUGGAACAGAAAUUGCAGCAAUCUUCACGUUCUGUAAUCAAUCUGCUACAGCUUAUAUAAAAUUAGUUCUCCUGACAGUCGCAACCAAGAAAUAAAUUCUACUAUGCCAAACUAUUUCUUAUUCUGCUUGACAUGGUUUGUGGGGAAACCAGAGGCUGAUUUUAGGAAGUGACUUGACAAUACAAUUUCUUUCAAUUCGUUUGUUCAGUGACUGCUCAAGUCUUAAGCAUUGACAAUUGAAUCUGUGAUUAAAUCUGAAGAGUCCUCUUUUGAAGUCAGGAGUAUUGAUCUUAACUACAAUUAACCCAA